AUGGCGGAGCUGCCGCUGCCCGCCGGGCUCCGCGCCAGCACCUUCCCCGCCAAGCUCUGGCGCCUGGCCAACAGUCCCCGCGUCCGCUCCGUGCGCUGGGACAGCCGGGCCACGGGGCUGCUCAUCGACCGCUCCCUCUUCGAGCGAGAGCUGCUCAGCUCGGGCGACGCCCAGAGGGGCGGUGGCGAUGGGCGGGCCCCGCCGCCGCACACCUUCCGGGCCACGCAGUUCCGCAGCUUCGUGCGGCAGCUCUACCGCUACGGCUUCCUCAAGGUGCCGGGCUGGCUCGGCUCGGCUGCGCCGGGCGAUGCUGGGGCCUGGCUCCACUACAGCAACCCCUGCUUUCGCCGCGACCGCCCCAACCUCCUGCUGCGCAUCAAGCGCCGCAGCGCUGCCAACAGGCAGCGGCCGGCGGCGGGGCGGGCGGGCCGCCGGUGCCCGCCCUGCGGCUCCCAGCAGCUGCCCGGGGCACCAAGACUUGCUGAGGGUAAACUGCUCCUCCAGGCGGGCCAUGAAUGA